AUGUCAACAACAGGUCCUGUCAGCGCCCGAUGGCGCAACAAUGCUUUCGACAGAGGUUCACCUUCCCCUUCGCCAGGCCUGGCGGUGCCCAGUACAAGACCCAGAUCCGCUAUCAUUACCUCGCCUUCGGGCACGGGACCCCCUGCAACGCAUAAUCGAAACCAGUCAUUUUCUCCUCCGAGUGGAUCAAGCUUUGCAUCAUUACAGCCGGCGAUGCAGAGAUCGACUUCAACCAGGACGACUCACCAAUUAUCUAACACCUUUGCACCAAAGUUCAUUAAGACCGAAGAAUCUCAAAGGGCUGGUGACAAGAUUGGCGGAAUCGAGGGCGAGAACGACUUUUCUGGAAAACGUUACGUCUGGCUGCGAGACCCACAGUCAGCGUUCGUGAGAGGAUGGGUAGUCGAGGAGCUUCUUGGAGGCCGUUUGCUUGUGCAAUGUGACGACGGGAGCCAACGAGAGGUCGAUUCCGAGACCGUUGAUAAAGUAAAUCCUGCCAAGUUCGACAAGGCAGAUGAUAUGGCAGAGCUCACUCACUUGAAUGAGGCCUCUGUGGUCCAUAAUCUCCAUAUGAGAUAUCAAGCAGAUUUGAUCUAUACCUAUUCUGGCUUGUUUUUGGUCACCGUCAAUCCGUACUGUCCCCUGCCUAUUUACACCAGCGAUUAUAUGAAGAUGUACAAGGGGCGCAGCAGGGAAGAUACAAAACCUCACAUAUAUGCCAUGGCUGAUGGUGCCUUUCGGAAUCUGAUCGAGGAGGGUGAGAAUCAGAGCAUUUUGGUCACUGGCGAGUCAGGUGCUGGCAAAACUGAGAACACUAAGAAAGUCAUUCAAUAUCUUGCAGCCGUAGCAACUUCUGACUCUCCAGGGGUAAAAUCUGGAGGACGGCAAUUCUCUAACCUUUCGCAGCAGAUCUUGAGGGCCAACCCGAUUCUAGAGGCUUUUGGGAAUGCCCAGACUGUACGCAACAACAAUUCUUCACGUUUCGGGAAAUUCAUUCGUAUUGAGUUUACACGGUCAGGACAAAUCGCAGGAGCUUUCAUUGACUGGUAUCUGCUAGAGAAAUCUCGAGUCGUAAAGCUCAACUCCAGUGAAAGAAAUUAUCACGUGUUCUACCAAUUGCUUAGAGGGGCAGACCGACGCAUGAAGGAAGACUUCAUGAUCGCUGAUCUAGGAGUGGAGGAUUUUAUCUACACGAGAGGUGGUAACGAUAUGAUUGCUGGAGUCUCAGAUGUUGAUGAGUGGAGCUCGUUGCUGGAGGCUUUCCAUAUCAUGGGCUUUUCUGAAAAGGAGCAGCGAUCUGUGCUCCGUACUGUCGCUGCAGUUUUGCUCCUUGGUAACGUCACAGUGAUGAAGGAGAGCAUGCGGGCCGAUCAAGCCACACUCACGGAAGAUGCUCAUGCACAAGCCAAGAAAGUCUGCCGGCUGCUCGGAAUUGCCGUUGAGCCUUUUAUUCAAGGAUUGCUUCACCCAAAAGUCAAGGCCGGUAGAGAGUGGGUCGAGAGAGCUCAAACGCCAGAACAGGUCCGCUCAUCUUUGGAUGCCUUGUCGAAGGGUAUCUACGAACGAGCUUUUGGCGAUCUCGUGUCUCGGAUCAAUCGUCAGCUUGACCGGACUGGUAUGGGCCUUGAUGAUUCCCACUUCAUCGGAGUCUUGGAUAUCGCCGGUUUUGAGAUAUUUGAAGAGAAUAGCUUCGAGCAACUGUGCAUCAAUUACACCAACGAGAAACUUCAGCAAUUCUUCAACCACCACAUGUUUGUCCUCGAGCAAGAAGAGUAUGCAAGGGAGCAAAUUGAGUGGAAAUUCAUCGAUUUCGGAAAGGACCUCCAGCCCACCAUUGAUCUCAUUGAGCUCCCAAACCCCAUUGGAAUUUUCUCCUGCCUUGACGAAGACUCCGUCAUGCCAAAAGCUACUGACAGAUCCUUCACUGAGAAGAUGCACUCUUUAUGGGAGCGGAAGACGCCCAAAUAUAGGCCGUCACGUUUAGCUCAAGGAUUCAUCCUGACACACUACGCAGCUGAAGUGGAAUAUUCUACGAUUGGAUGGCUGGAUAAGAACAAAGACCCGCUCAACGACAACAUCACAAAGCUUCUUGCAUCUUCCCAUGACAAACACAUCGCUACGCUCUUUACCGACUGUGCCGACCCUGAUGAGGAUGCCGGCGCAACAAGGAGUCGUGUCAAGAAAGGGCUCUUUAGGACGGUGGCACAACGACACAAGGAACAACUUUCCAGCUUGAUGAAUCAGCUUCACUCCACUCAUCCCCACUUUGUGCGUUGUAUUCUGCCGAAUCAUAGGAAGCGGCCUAAGCAGUUCAGCGCACCGCUUGUCCUCGACCAACUGCGAUGCAAUGGUGUUCUUGAGGGCAUAAGGAUUGCCAGGACCGGCUUCCCCAAUAGACUGCCCUUUUCAGAGUUUCGUCAGCGAUACGAAGUUCUUUGCCGCAACAUGCCUAAGGGCUAUCUUGAAGGUCGAACGGCCGCCCAGAUGAUGCUCGAAAAACUGGAUUUGGACAAUGCUCUUUAUCGAGUAGGCUUAACGAAAGUUUUCUUCAGAGCCGGCGUGCUGGCAGAACUCGAAGAGCAGCGGGACUCUCUCAUUCGGGAUAUCAUGUCUAGAUUUCAAUCAGUCGCAAGAGGAUUUACCCAACGAAGGAUCGCAAACAAGCGCCUGUAUCGAGCGGAAGCGACUCGAAUCAUUCAGCGUAACUUCGCGGUCUACAGCGACCUUUGCAACAAUCCAUGGUGGAGACUCUUCGUUCGGAUGAAGCCUCUGCUAGGUGCUACCAAAACUGCUGGAGAAGUCAGAAAGCGCGAUGAGACGAUUCAGAAGCUGGAGGUCCAAGUGCAGCAGGAGAGUAACGAUCGACUGAGGCUCGAAGAAGAGAGAAGGCGUGCAGAAACCGAAGUCCAACGCAUUCAGCAAACCCUGGAAAGUGAACGCUCACUCGCGCUCGACAAAGAGGAAAUUUUCAAGCGCCUGCAGCAGCGUGAAGCAGAGCUGAUCGAAAAGCUUGCAGGUGCGAUAGAAGAUCAAGAAAGCCUUGAAGACCAGCUCGACGACCUCAUUGAUGCUAAAAAGAGGGCGGAAGAGCAAGCUGAGAAAUGGCGUGGCCAGCUUGAGCAGGCGGGACACAUCAUUAGCAGACUAGAAGCCGACAAGAACGACCUCAUAGACAGAAUUUCCGAUUUGGACGAUCGAAUUAGCGAAAAUGAGAGAGCUAGGACCGAGAAAAAUGAUAGACACGAGGGACUCAUCCAGAACAAUAAGAUGCUAGAGAGCCAAAUGCGCUUGCAAGAACGAAAAGUCUCCGACCUUGAGAGCAAGCUUCUCAAAAUAGAUCAAGACUUGGAUAUCAAGCUAGCUACAACCGCAAAGGACUUGCAGCUCUCACGAAAACAGGUCAAGGAUCUUUUGGACGACAACCGCCAAAUCCGACAACAACUCCAAGAGCUCUCAUCCACUUCCACCGGCUACGAGGAUAUGAUGAGACGGAAGGAGAGCGAGAUUGCUGUAUUGAGAUCGGAUCAAAAGAGGCACGAUGCCGAGCGCAUGACACUGGAGGCGGAGCGAAGCAUGUUCGCUUCUCGGCAUGAUAACAUCCAGACACGGUUGCGUGAGAUCCAGGCGGAAGUUGAUGCUACCAAAUCGCAAAAAGCUCAACUAGAAAGGGAGGCAGCAGAUACCAAGAGAGUCCUUGAUGCCAAGUUAUCUGAGGACACACAGGCCAGCAAUAGCCGCAAGAUGUUGAACGGCCAGAUAGAGGAUCUUAAGGUGGAGCUGUUCCAAGUCCAGGCGGAGCUCAGUCGCGAGAGACAGUCUAGGGACGACGUCCAGAUGCUAAGUGAUCACAAGAUGACGGCCUUGAAGGAGGAGUAUCAGAAUCUCAACGAAUCGAAGAUAACCAUCGAGAAAGAGCUUUAUGUGCAACAAGAUACUCUCCGCCGUGCAGUUGAAGCACGGGCUAAUGCUGAGAAAAGUCGUAAAGACCUGCAAACGGAACUGAAAAAGCUGCGUGAGCGCUUCGUGGAGGCGGAGUCCUCAAGACUGCAGGCCGAGACAGCAAUGGAGCGUAGCAUUUCUCGGCAAGCGAAUGAGCGUCAAGCCACCCUUAGAAAGGAGCUAGGCCGAUUAACAGCGUCAGAGAAUGACAAUCGUUGCACUUUUGAACAAAGUUCAGCAGAAGAACCUAGACAUUGCAAGAUCAAAUUCUAG